AUGCCAAACUACGCAAAGUUUAUAAAGGAGGUAAUGUCUAAGAAGCGUAAGUUAGAGGAUUAUGAAGCAAUGAAGCUAACAGAAGAGUGUAGUGCCAUUAUCAAGAGACAAUUACUGGAAAAGUUGAAAGAUCCGAGAAGUUUUACAAUUCCAUGUGUUAUUGGAGAGCUACAUAUUGAGAAUACCUUGUGUGAUUUGGGUGCUAGUAUUAAUCUAAUUUCUCUCUCUAUCUUUUGGAAACUCAAUCUUGGAGAGGUCACACCAACUACUAUUUCUUUACAAUUGGCAGAUCGUUCUUUGAAGUAUCCUAGAGGUAUAAUUGAAGAUGUUCUAGUAAAGAUUGAUAGAUUCAUUUUUCCAGUAGAUUUUGUUGUGCUUGGCAUGGAGGAAGACCAAGAAAUUUAG